AUGAAGCGGAAUGAAGUUGGCGACCGGUUUUUCGCACGCGCGACGGGAUCCCGUCGGCGUCAGCAAGCGCGGGCGUGGUGGCAAUCCGCGCGGUUUCUUGAGCUCAUUUUUGCCUCGGACUCGGCGACUGCGAGUGGAGAGAGCGCCAACGGUGGCUCUGCGGAGGCCAGCAAGCGGAUUCAUCUGCCCCUCGCCAGCUUUUUACACCGCGCGCCAUCAGCUGGACUGCAGCCUGGACUCCAGGCUGGAGAGGGGGCGCCACGGUUAGCUUACCAGCUGUGCCUGGAGUCAGGUACGUCGUCCUCAAGUGGCCUCGCCUCUCCCUCUUCGCAGCUACUGGCGCUCUUGUCGCGCACUCACCACUUCCCGUUUGACUCGACCUGCUCCGCAGACCUCCGAUUCCCACUGCCCGAGGGCUACUUCGCCAAGUUCGAGCUGCUGCCGGCCGAGGCGCAGAGCUACCGGUCACUAGCGACCGACAUCGUCCGAGAGACGAACCGGGACUUCGACCACUACGUCAAGGACGGACGCAACCUCAUCGACGCUCACACGUGGAAGCUCGCCAAGUCCAAGGACCGACUGCAGUGCUACCGACGAAGCAGCACUCAAGGCUCCGCGCAUCAACUCGGUCUGUAUGACAAAGCGGGCGGCGAUGCGACCGCCACACGAUCGAACAGCGACUCGUUCACCUACUCGGCCCGGUCGCGUCCGUCGCUGAGCUCGCACAGUCACUCCGGGUACGACGACGCAGGCAAGAUGUCGACGUCCACGCGAUCGUCCGACGACGGCGAACCGAGUCGCAAAAGCAUCAAACCAGCGGUCAUGGGCUACGGAAUCGUGGGUGGAUCAGUGGAUGACCUGGUCUACGGGCUGUACCAGUCCUCGACGGACGAGAUGAAGACACUGGCUGCGUUUCUGGGCGAUGACUCGAUCAUCGACUGUGCGGUGCUACACACAGUUCGACAGACUCGCUCGUCGUAUCUGGGACUUAAGUGGAAGCUGUCGCGUACCGUGGGUGGCAACCGCGACUGCUGCUACAUGGAGUACGUCGGUGUAUCCGAGGACGCCAACGGCCAUCGCUUCGGCUAUCAGGUGCUCGAGUCAGUACCAGUCCGCAACUGCCCGCAGUUCGAUGACAACUCGAUCGUGCGUACCAACAUUUCCUUCUGCUACAUCUUCCGCCCGGGAAAACUCGCGGACCAAGUCGAAGUGUUCAUGAUGGGGGCGUACGAUUCGUCGGGCGACGUGCUCACGGCCGGUGGAGUGGGCGACUACCGCAGCUCGAUGGAAAUGCUGUUCAACCUUCCGACGGCGUUGGUCGGAGCUGAAGCGAAGAAGAUUUCCGCCAUGGUCGCCAAGCAGUCCGGCGCCUUGCGUGGCGCAAGCAGCAAGAACCAGAGUGGUAACCACUGCUCAAUUUGUCGUGCCAAGGCGGGCCUGUUGUCGUCCCACUCCAACUGCCAGACGUGCGGCGCUGUCAUCUGCAGCAGGUGUCGUAUCCGAAAGGUGACGUUCUCGCGCCGAGGCAAAAUCAAGGUUUCUUGCUGCAAGAUGUGCGUGGUCAUGGUCAAGGAUCAGUCCCCAUUCGCUGGUGAGCCGCUUGAGCAGCAGCCAGCUAAGCCGAGGAAGGUGCCUCGCGAGGACAUCCGCAGCAGGAACGACAGCAGUAGCAGUAACAGCGUCAGGAUGGACAUGAUCAACGCGUCGGUGUCGACCCUGUCGCUGACGGACUCGGAGUUCUCGUCGUCCUACCAGUCGUGGCAGUCCAGCUCCAUUUCGUCACUGCACUCGGACAUCGACGAAAGCUUCCAGCACUCAAAUGGACCCAGCUCCGGUAUGAUUCCGCUUGAUCAAAGGAUGCCAGCAGUGAUGGAAACCAGCCAGGCUCUUACGACUUACCAGAGCGAGCAGCAGCGUCAGUACGAGCAGCAACAGAUCCAGCAGCAGCAAUUCCUCAUGCGUCAGCGCAUGAAGGCGAACACCAACCCAAGCUAUCCCCCGAUGGCACACCAGCGUGCGCCGACUACUCGCGAAGGACUAUACAAUCAAUUGCUGGAGCUGCAGAUGAAGGCGGAGCAGGCGUACAACUUGACCAACCAGAACGCCAACAUGAUGAUGAACCCGAGGCGGUAGGUUGUAGCAGAACUGCAACACAGACUCGUCGAACGUAGGGUAUAGAUAUUAACCUUAAUGAAACUUUUUCGU